AUGUGCCCUCAAAAUGUCAUCCAUACGGUACAACCAACCUUGGAUAUAAACACCAAAGUGAAGCGUCUAUCAAGAAGAAAGAAGCGUCAAUAUGUGAAAGCUAGGAGCUUAGCUGGCACUCAAGAAGACUUUGAGAAGUACCGAGCUCUGAAGAAAGAGUCAAGAUUUGCAUGCAAACAAGCAUGCAAUGACCACAUCAGGAACAUCAUUUCACCUGAGUCCAAAUGCAACCCGAAACGGUUCUGGUCAUUCAUUAACAGUAAGAAGUGUGAUACACAACUGGUGUUGCUCCUCUUAAGUCACCAGGAGGAAUCAUCCAAUCUGACUGCACUUCCAAGGCAGAUACCCUCAACAAACAGUUUGCAUCAGUUUUUACCAAAGAGGAGUGCCCAACUAAUAUUCCAGACAAAGGUGACAGUCGAUCCUUAUCCCUCCAUGGAGGACAUUGACAUCUCUCCAGCUGGUGUCAACAAGCUGUUAUCUGGACUUGACCCCUUCAAAGCGACAGGCCCGGACGGAAUUUCGGCUAGGUUACUCAAGGUACUUGCUGAUGAAGUCACCAGAAUGACUGUCGCCUCUACCACAAGAUUUGCUCUCAAGAUGAUGCAUCUGCAAGAGGAUCUCAACUCCCUACAGCAGUGGGAAUCAGACUGGCUGAUGACAUUUAAUCUUCAGAAAUGUCAAACUAUCUCGGUCACUAAAAAGAGGACCCCAAUCAACAAGACAUACUCAAUCCAUGGUCAAGCGCUGGAAAAGGUUAGCUCUGCCAAAAACUCUUGCUUUCAUUUUUAUCCAGGAACCAACUGUGAGAUUGACAGCGGUACUGAGCGCUGCACUGGCUCAACAGAUAGCAUCUGCAAGCAUGGAGGAACCUGUCGAAACUUCCUCAAUGGGGGCUUUGAUUGUAGCUGUCCCAACCCGUACGAGUUUGACGGUCCUUUCUGCGAGGUUCGGACGCGGAACUUUCCGCCUAAAUCGUUCAUGAUGUUCUGGUCGCUGAGUCAGAGAGUGAGGCUCCAACUGUCUGUCAGCUUUUCCUCCACGGAGCCCAACGGACUGAUCUUCUACAAUGGCCGCUACAACCAGCAGCAUGACUUCAUCGCCCUGGAGAUCGUCAACAGCCAGGUUCGAUUCUCCUUCUCCACCGGUAGCAUUGUCACCACGGUAACCGCAUCCAGACAGGGAGGAGUCAGCGAUGGGGAGUGGCACACUGUUGCGAUUGAUUACAAUUUUAGGACUGCAAGGAUUAUUCUGGAUGAUUGUGACCCAGCUGUAGCCCUUGACAAUGGCCACCAGUUUGAUGACUUUACUUGCGCUGCAGAAACACAGUUCCUUGGAGAACUCAGAUUCCUGGACCUCAAUGGACCCUUCAUCAUCGGCGGUCUCCCAGAGCUUCCCAGUGAGUUCCCUGUGGAGAACACUGACUUUGACGGCUGCCUACGUGACAUCUACAUCAACAACGAGCUCCUGGAUCUUGCCACCAAUGUGGAGGACUACAACACGGAGCCAGGCUGCCCUCACAAGGCCAACUUCUGCGAGAGCGACCCGUGUCAUACUGGAGGGUCCUGUGAGAACGGUUGGGAUCGCUACCAUUGCCAUUGCUCCAGUGGCAGUGGAGGAGUCAAUUGCCAGGAAGCCUUGUCCACCCCCAUUCGCUUCAUCGGUGAGAGCUACAUGAGAUUUGAUCUUACGCAUACCGUCAGCCUGCCCUGGACCAAUCGGGUCGUGUUUCGCACCGGCCAGCCCAAUGGCGUCCUCAUGUUUAUCCAACUGUCAAACAACAUCAACAUUCGCAUCGAGCUUGUUGAAGGCCAUCUUCACUAUGUGACCAGUUCAGUGGAUGUCCAGCUUGACCAGGUCACAUUCAAUGACCGAGAGUGGCAUGACAUCAAAGCAGAAUGGAAGAAUGAUAAAAUCAAGCUCUCCUCAGACUUUGACAAAUACAAAACGUCUGUGCGUGCGACUGAUGCCAUCAAUGGAAAGACAGUAGAGAGAGUGGAUCUAGGCGGGAGGCUGACUGAUAAUGGCAUGUACAAUGCUUUCACAGGAUGCAUGCAGGGUAUGUCUAUCGGUGAAAGGCCCCUGGACCCAUCUACUGUGGAAGGUGUAAACAUUGAGGAGGGAUGUAACGUCCCUAGAGCAUGUGAGACUGCCAAGUGUCCAAUCCAUAGUGUUUGUGUGGAUCUAUGGGAUGCGAAUGAAUGCCAGUGUAAUAAAGGUUACGUUGGACCCGACUGUGUAUCGGCCUGCGACCUGCGCGUCUGUGAGCACGGCUCCUCUUGCACACUCGACCCGUCCUCUGAAUUCGGCUACACCUGUUCCUGUUCUGACCUCUACUAUGGAGACCACUGUGAGAACAUCAUCAACGAGUGUGCGGACGACUGGUGGGGUCACCAGAUCUGUGGCCCUUGUGAGUGUGACGAGGAGAUGGGCUUUGAGUCUGCCUGUAACAAGACAACCAGCGAGUGCUACUGUGCGGAGCACUCGUACCGACCAUCUGAUAGCGAUACCUGCUAUCCUUGUAACUGCUAUGAGAUAGGCUCCCUAGGCCAGGAUUGUAACCAGGAGACCGGGGCUUGUACCUGUAAGAGGGGUGCCAUCGGUAGACGAUGUGAUGAGUGUGUUGACCCACAUGCUGAGGUCACUCUCAGGGGUUGUGAAGUGGUGUAUGACUCAUGUCCCAAGCGGUUUGCCGAGGCUCUGUGGUGGCCAAGAACCAAGUUUGGAAAGACGGCUACCUUGGACUGUCCUGGAGAGAGCUACGGCUUUGCCACCCGUUACUGCGAUAUAGAGACGAACUGGCAGACACCCAGCCUCUUCAACUGUACCUCAGACAAUUUCCUCCGACUGCAGAAUAUACUGCAAACUCUGCAGAAUGGUCAGAAACUAUACCCAGAGGUAUCCUUUAACAUCGCCAUGCAACUUCAGGAAGCCACGAACGAAACAGAUCUCUUCCAUGGGAACGAUAUCAACAUUGCUUACCAGGUCUUAGGCUACCUCCUUAGACAUGAAAGUAAACAAGUGGGACUGAACGUGACUGCCACCAUCAUGAAGUCCUUCACAAAGAACAUUGUUGAGACAGUGAGUCGCCUGUUUGAGCCUCAAAACCGGAUUCAUUGGGAGAUGAUUCAGCAGACCUCAAGAGGGACGGCUGAGAUCAUGGAGGACAUGGAGAAAUUUGCUCUCAACAUCGCUAAAUUCACAAACUCAUUCUCCUACACCCCAGAGUUCUCCAUCAUCACCCCUAAUAUCAUCAUGCACCAUGACAUCAUCCUGAGAGAUAACUUCUCCAUGAGGGCCGUCCCUGAGUACGAGAUGGAGACCCUUCUUUCUCUUGAAGACAACUCUCAAGUCCACAUCCCCGGUGACCUGGUCAAGCCACGGACAGAGAUUGAUGACCCCAACCAGAUCUCCGUCACCAGUAACGUUGCCGUGACAGCCUUCAUCCUCUACUCCACCUUGCAGAAUCUUCUCCCAAACAGCACCAAGGACAAUGUCAGGAAACCUACCAACGAUGUUGGUCAGAUCAUUGACUCACCAGUGGUAUCCUUCUCCAUCUAUGAUGAGCUGGCCAAUGGUACCCUUCCUGACCCUCUUCUUACUCCAGUCAUCGUAGAGUUCCAGUCUAUAGAUGCAGUCAACAGGAGUGGACCACAGUGUGUCUAUUGGGACUUUGAAUUCAAUAAUGGUACCGGUGGAUGGUCCACGUAUGGCUGUGAGCUGAGUGGUUAUAACAGAACUCACAUCAACUGCUCCUGUUCUCAUCUCACUAACAUAGCAGUCAUCAUGGACAAUGCACCUUACAUGUAUGUGGAGGAAGUGAUGAUCACUCUGUCCAUAGCUGUCUAUAUAGGUGUGGGUAUUGCCAUCUUGUGUCUCCUCAUCACCUUCCUGACUCUCCUGGGUGUGUCCAACCUCCACACCAACCUGAACAGCAUCCAUAUCAACCUCUGCUUCGUCCUCAUCGCAGCUGAGGUCACCUUCGGUGUAGGCAUCAGUACAGAGAACAAUUAUGCCUGUACAGCAGUGGCCAUCAUUCUUCACUACGCCCUCCUCGCUGCGUUUGGUUGGAUGUUUGUUGAGGGUGUCCAUCUCUAUCGCAUGAUGACAGAGAUCCGAGACAUCAACACCGGUCCCAUGACCUACUCCUAUGUCCUAUCCUAUGGUCUGUCAGCUCUCAUCGUUGGACUGGCUGUACCUCUGAGUAACAUCAACUAUGGGUCCCAGGUCAACAGCAGGAAUGAACACUUCUGUUGGUUUUCUGUUGACGACUUGUUGAUUUGGAGCUUUGCUGGACCAGUUCUUGCAGUAGUGGCAAUGAAUAUGGUGGUAAUCUUCCUAGCAAUCAUGGAGUCCUGCAGAUCAGCCAACAAGAACCCAGAAUUUGGAAAAUUGAGGUCUGGUAUCCGAUCAGCCGGCAUCCUUCUACCUCUGCUUGGCAUCACAUGGGUGUUUGGUUUGCUUGCUGUCAAUCAAACUCUCAUCAUCUACCAGUAUCUCUUUGCUAUCUUUAAUAGCAUCACAGGACUAGCUAUACUCCUAUUCCACUGUGGUCUGGAUUAUAGGGUACGGAACGAGUGGUGUAGAUGUUGCCACAGGAUGCAAGGAAAACAAUACAAACCAGAAAUUAAUACUAGCACAAACUCGCGAUCUGCACUGACGUACAGUAAAAACGAUUCCGUUGGCACGCCAGGCAGAUACAACAUUGGCAUAUCGACAGCGUCGGUAGGUGCAAGUAGCCGUUCAUCGAAGCUGAGUAUCAAUCCCCAUACUUACCGACCCGAUGGCUACCUGCGCAAGACGGCCAGCACGACCACCACUUCCCCCUCUAACCAUUUUGACUAUGUGCCGUCAUACUACAAAAAUAAUGCAGAAACAAAUUUAGAUGCUCAUAUGGGUAUGAUGGGACACACCAAUCCUGUUAUGAAUGUAUUAGAUUGGGACUACGAUUAUAGCGUCGCUAACCGAACACCAUCCUCAGGCAGCUUUCAUACUAACCCUCGUAGGCGGAAACGUCGCGAUAACGACUCUGAUUCUGACAGCGAUGCAUCCGUUCAGCGUCAGAGAGACAGUAUGUCCCUAGCUUCAUCUCACUCUUCAGAUGAUGAGGAGUUGGCUCCCCUUCCUAAUAAAGAACAGUGGAAGAGUACACCCAAGAAAGUCAAUUUACCAGAUAAUAUUCCUCAAACUGUGAUAGCACCGGUCCAUAGCACACCUAAAGUAAAACCUUCACCAGAAAUGCUUCACAAGAAAAUCUAUUCUGGGGAUAUCUUAACAAGUGAUAAUGAGACAAGACAUAGAGCAGAGCUUAAGAUAUUAGAUCCCAAGCUCCCUCCCCCAGAGAGUGAUAGAGAAGGGAGCCAAUACAGUGGCAGUGUGUCAGGAAGCCGGACACACCUACCUGCCGUCUCCCAGCGUCCCGACAUCCUGCCCUUGAAGGGUAUCAUGAAGACCCCUGGUAGCUCCCACAAGGGCUCACCCAACACCUCUAGCAGCUCACAUAGUAGCCUGGCCAAGAUUCCGGCCGAUGUCAUCGGACACCAGGACAAGCUGACCGUCCGACCCGCUGGCGGUCAGGGCGACAACGAUUCAGAUUAUGUUGAUAUAACCUCUGGUGGCAGCAGCAACGAGACAUCUGUAUGACAGUAGUAACCGCUGACAAACCGCAGUUGAUGGAGUAUAAAAUUUUCAACCAACGAGGGGGCUAUUGCAAAUCUACUUGUACAGAUAGGCUAAUUUAGAAGUUCCGAACCGAGGACAAACUGGAAUAUUUUAACCGAGAGUGAAUCACUCUUGAAAGUUGAUAUCAAAGUGUACAGUUUUCUUACUUGUGUAUUUAGCCUGUAUUUGCUCAAAUAUAACUGUUGUAAACCAUGUGCAAAUGAUGUCUAUAUGAAAUGCAUGUAAAUUGUACUAUGAUAAGAAUAAGUGGCAUUGAAUAUUUUUAAAUGUCACUUAUUGAAAGAUUUUGUUUCUUUCUUUCAAGAGGGUGUCUAUGAUUUGAUCUGAAAUCUUUUGAUAUUUGAAUGAAUUUAAUGAGUAAUUUAUUAAGAUAUAUUGAUUUCUCUAAAUGUAUGCUUUUUUGAUAGUACGAAAUGAAAUAACCAUGUCCAUCAAAUUUCUGACAAGUACGCGAAGUGAUAUGUAAAUUAUUUGUACAGUACUAGUUAAGAAAAGUUCUCUUAAUAUAAGAAGUACAAGUUGAUCAUGAGGAAAGAUCUUUCUGCCACGUGUAAAUUUAUUCAAGUUAAUCAUCUGUCUUGUGUACCAUACCACAUGGGAAUCAAUGAAAGCAAAAAAAACAUAGUGACCAGAAUUGAAAACCAUGGCUGAGUUUGGCCACUUCCUGGCGUCAUCUACAUCAAGGAUUCAGUUUUUUUUUAAUGAAGAAUGUGCACAGCUUUAGUUGUGUUGAGAAUAUCAAGCCUCAAAAUGUCAAAAAAGCAGGUCUGUCAAAAAACAUAAAAAUGUAAUUAUCCAAUAAAAUAAUCAGUGAUGCAAAUAAGUUGAUGUUAUCUAUACAGUUAAAUGAUUAUUUCAUCCAUCAUGAUUCAGUGAUGUUUUACUCUUGCAAUGCUUGUACAAAAUUGAUUUCUUUUAAAAUGUGUGUGUUUCUUCAAAAUCACUGCUAAGCAGCAUUUUCUUUGAUUUUUGUCUGUCUUUAUUGU